GAUAUGAACCAAUGAAACCCACGAAAUGCAAACAAAAGAAGAAGAAAACAACAUUAAAAUAUUACAAUGACCAGAACUUAGGAUUACAACCCGAGAAAGCCCACUCCAAAGAUGCCGAAUUCGAUUUAAAAUACCCAGGAAAGGAAACAUUAGUACUACCACCUCGAACAGUUAUGACAAUCGAUUUGAAAAUAGCAGUAGAAGUCUCUCAAGGAUCCAUGAUGCAACUAGCAUCCCGAUCCUCUCUCGCUGCAAAAGGAAUAAUGGUAAAAGGAAGUGUAAUUGAUGCUGGAUAU